AAAAUAAGCAAGAAGAAUCAAGUACACUUAGUGGCAUAGCACAAACUAGCAAUGGCCACCAAUUCUUCACUUCUUCUCUACUUUUGCCUUCUAACCUUCUUCACAUUGUCAUUUGCAAUAAGACCAACACACUUCAACUUAUCCACCGUAGCCACCCAUUGGUCCUCCGCAAUCGCUACUUGGUAUGGCAGUCCCGAUGGUUUUGGAAGUGACGGAGGUUCUUGUGGGUAUGGAAAUGCAGUGUCACAACCACCAUUUUCUUCCAUGGUGACCGGAAUAGGCCCAUCCCUUUACAAGUCAGGGAAAGAAUGUGGGGCUUGUUAUGAGAUAAAAUGUACAAAACACCCAUCAUGCUCACGCAAGCCGGCUCGGGUUGUCAUUACCGAUUUCUGCCCGGGAGGUCCAUGUGCCUCGGACCGUGCACAUUUUGAUCUUAGUGGAACCGCGUUUGGUGCCAUGGCAAAACCAGGCCAGGAAAAACAUCUACGUGACGCGGGAGUUUUGAAAAUUCGAUUCGCGCGGGUCAAAUGUGAUUAUUCGCGAACAAACUUAGUGUUCCAUGUAGACCAGGGAUCGAACCCUAACUACUUUGCGUUUGUUGUUGAAUUCGAAGAAGGGGACGGAGAUUUAGCCGGGGUUAGUUUGAAAGAGGAAAGUAGUGACGAAUGGUUAAAAAUGGUGCAGUCGUGGGGUGCGGUUUGGAAGGUCGACCCCGGGAGGGAGCUACACCCUCCAUUUUCUAUACGAUUGAUAUCACAAUACUCGCAACAAGUUCUUGUUGCAAAAAAUGUGAUUCCUACUGGAUGGACCCCCGGGGCAACAUAUAGGUCGUUGGUCAACUACCUCUAAAAUAUGUUAUAUCGAGUAUUUAUGAUAUGGUUGUGGGUGUUAUCGGUUAUAAUGAAGAGGUGAUAUAAGAAGAGUCAAAUAUAUGUUUUCACAUUAAUUGUGAAUAACAGUUGACCGCUAAGUCGCCCUUUUUUAGAUUGAAGAAAAUUAUGUUGUAUAAUUUUGGUUUAUCAGAGUGGCAUCAAGUAUAAAAAAAUACUUGGAUGGAUAGAUUUCAGUAUUUCUAUAAAUGUAUUGUACUGUACUGUAUUGUAUCGUAUUGUCUUCGAUAUAAAAAAAAAUAUGAUUGGUAAGUUAUAUUACAAGA